AUGGAGAGAAGUUUGAGGCGCAAUGGGAAAUCAUUCCUAUAUGGAGAAAAGUUUGCUUGGAUGUGUCAAGACAUUGUUAGCUCGGUGGACAGUGUCAGAGAUAUUAUCUUCUUCAACGACAAAGAGAUUGAAGUGUUGAAUAAACACUUAUUUCUGACUUCAAAACCAAUGGUAUACUUGGUUAAUCUUUCUGAAAAAGACUACAUUAGAAAGAAGAACAAAUGGUUGAUAAAAAUUAAAGAGUGGGUGGACAAGUAUGACCCAGGUGCCUUGGUCAUUCCUUUUAGUGGGGCCUUGGAACUCAAGUUGCAAGAAUUGAGUGCUGAGGAGAGACAGAAGUAUCUGGAAGCGAACAUGACACAAAGCGCUUUGCCAAAGAUCAUUAAGGCUGGGUUUGCAGCACUCCAACUAGAAUACUUUUUCACUGCAGGCCCAGAUGAAGUGCGCGCAUGGACCAUCAGGAAAGGGACGAAGGCUCCUCAAGCUGCAGGAAAGAUUCACACAGAUUUUGAAAAAGGAUUCAUUAUGGCUGAAGUAAUGAAAUACGAAGAUUUUAAAGAGGAAGGUUCUGAAAAUGCGGUCAAGGCUGCUGGAAAGUACAGACAACAAGGCAGAAAUUAUAUUGUUGAAGAUGGAUAUAUUAUCUUCUUCAAAUUUAAUACACCUCAGCAACCGAAGAAGAAAUAAAUUUUAGUUAUUGUUCAGAUAAAUGUCCAACUUCCCAAAAUGGAUAUGAUUUUUUUAAAUUAACAUUUCUGAAAACUGAGGGGAAAAUAAAGUUGGGGGAUGGGAAUCUUAUAAAAACAGAAUUAUUUUUGUUUUAAAAUUAAAAUACUGUGUACCUCCAAUGAAAUGCAAGUUCACUGAAUGUGAACAGCUUUGCUUUUCACGUGAUUAAGACCCUACUCCAAAUUGUAGAAGCUUUUCAGGAACCAUAUUACUCUCAUGAUACUUCAUUAAUCUCCAUCAUGUAUGCCAAGCCUGACACAUUUGACAGUGAGGACAAUGUGGCUUGCUCCUUUUUUGAAUCUACAGAUAAUGCAUGUUUUACAGUACUCCAGAUGUCUACACUCAAUAAAACAUUUGACAAAACAAAAAAAAAAAAAA